AUGAGCGGGAAUGCAGAAGCUGCCAAUGGCGAGGAGGAAAGCUUCGGCACCUGCCUGAGCAGCGUAUCCGAUAAUGGCAGCAUCGACAGCUACAGAUACUAUCUGGCCCGACGGACGAUGCUCGAGAUGCUUAAAGAUCGUGGCUUUGCGGUUCCCAAUUGCGAAAUCGAGGUCUCGCUCGAAGAAUUUAGGAACAAGCAUGGCCAGUCGCCGGAGACCGAUGAGUUGAGAAUCUCUGUUCUUCACAGGGACGAUCCUUCGAUCAAGGCCAUGGUUAUAUUCUGUAGUCAGGCCAUUGUUAAGGUUAAUGUCAUCCGUGCCAUUUCGUCUACGAUAGUCAACAAAGACAGCCUUAACCGGUUGAUUUUGGUUGUCCAUAACAAAAUAACCAACCAGGCCAUGAAGGCGGUUGAUCUUUUCUCUUUCAAAGUCGAAAUAAUCCAGAUCACCGAUUUGCUUGCUAACAUAACCAAGCAUGAGUUGAAGCCAAAACACCAAGUUUUGACUAACCAGGAGAAAGAAGAACUGCUCGGAAAGUACAGCAUUACUGAAAAGCAGCUUCCUCGAAUGUCACACAAAGAUGCCAUAGCUCGUUAUUAUGGUCUCGAGAAAGGACAGGUCUUGAAAGUCACUUACAGUGGCGAGUUAACCCAGUUACACGUGACUUACCGUUGUGUCUGGUGA